AUGUUGGGUGCCGUAGUGAGAUCACACCUUCUUGGUAGAAAUGUGAUGAAGAACUUCGUCAGGAACGGUUCUCACGGAGGAGUUCCCGGGGAGAAUUUACCUUUCGACAUCCACAACCGAACUAAGCUAACCGUGAACUUCUUCCUCUUUAUUAGAGAUGUACCAAUCCAAGGACGUCUGGAUUCAAGCUCCUCACUUGUAGUUAUUAAUUUAGCUAAGAAACAAAUGUCUAAACAACAAUAG